GCGCCGCUUCGUGAAUACGACCAACCCAUUUUGACAGCAGCAUGACGACAUCCACAACCGCCACUGCCGCAGCCUCGGCACAGAUCUUUCGUUCGCUGUCAUCGGAGAGCCAGAAAAAUGAUUGGUCCAAGCGUUUGUCGUUGCGCGGCAUGCGGCGCGGUGGCAGUGCCGGCAGCAGCAACAUCAGCAAAGAGGAACCGAAGAUCAAGCACAAAUUCUUUAAUCGCUCUUCCUCGUUGAAGCAUGCUAGCGCUUCAAAGGCCACAAUGGAACUUCAAACGCCAUCACAACAAUCAUCACACCAACAAUUGGUGCAACAGAACUCGGCCGCGACGCCGAAAAAGUCAAACUGGGAGGUAAUCGAACAUUUUAACACCAGCAGCACCAAGGGCGGCAAGGCGGUAGUGAGUAGCAGUCUAAUAGCGGCCGGCAUAACGCGCUGCAACAUAGAUGAAUCGAUCGAUUCCACCAACUCCAGUUCAACGUGCCCCAGCCCCAUGGUGUAUCAGCGCGAUGAAACGCAUUUACUGCAGCAAAAUUUCGAAUCGAUGGAUGGACGCAACACGGAGGUGGGCAGCAAUGCAAAUGGCACCGGCGGCGGCGUGGGCGGCCUCAGUCCGACGAUUUCAUUUUGGUUUCGUUUGAAUCGUGUUAUCCUACGCCUUUGUACAACACAUCAAUUUAAAAAUCUACAGGUGGAAAUGCUUUAUCAGCGCUACUUUCUGCGCAUGAAUCAGAGCAACACGACGCACAUUCUGGCGUUGCUGCUGGCGUUGAUUGUGGCUUUGUCGAGCGCGCAAAUCGUCUUCACCACGCUGCAGCUGCGUCGCAGCACGACAGGAACAACUUUCGCCAGAACGAACGACACGCGCAACAAUGCGGCUAACGGCAUGAGUGGCGAUGGUGGCAGCCACACUGUUGCUGGUGGCGCCGGUGGCAGUGGCGUUGCCAUCGGCGUGAGUAAUGGCAGCGCGACAGCGGCAACCUCAAUUUUAACAUUAACGGAAAUGGGCAAUCACCAGGCGCAACUCUUAAGCCGACAUUCGGUCCCAACUGACGCUACGCUGCGCGGGUCCCCAGCGCAGCCGUUGUUCGGGCAUGUAAUCGUUGGUGAUAUUGCUGAUGGCUUAGGCACGACAGUGAAAAUUAGCGCACAACAAUUUGUGGCAAGUGCGGCAUUCAAGCAAACUCCAACAUUACCACCAACAUUAUCAUCGGUUACAUUACCGCCGUUACGCCCAGCCACCACCAUUGCACCGCCUAUAACCACGAAAUCAUCAACUUACCUGCCGUAUGCGGCACAAGACUGGCGUGAUCCGCAAAUUUUCGUCGCACCUCUGCCACUCAGCGAACGCGUUGCAUAUGCAGUCGAUCGACGUACCAGCUCGUGGUGGUGGCUGCAAGCGCCAGCGGCUUUUAAGCGCCUUAAACGUAAAUACUAUCAACACAGCCAUUGGCCGAAGUUGCAUCGCUUCAAGCGUUCCAGAUUGAAAUCAUUACAUUACAACAAUAAACUGCUAGCAGAGCAUAACGCAGCGGCAAGUGUGGAGAUGGAACAUCGACAACCGACGACGAGGCGAGUGCGAAUUAUGCGACGCAAGCGAAAUCACAGCAAUGCUCUGGGAAUGCCAUGGCAUGUGCGGGGCUUUGCGCGGCAACAGGAGCCAUCAUUGCCCGAAUAUACUAGUUAUACGAGACUGAUAAAGCGACACGAGCACGCGAGCCGAUUAGCUGCGCCCAUGAAAUACGAGCAACAAUUGGCAGCAGGACCUAGUAUAAGUGAAGCGACAGCGGAAGUCACAACGAAUGACGGCGAGAACUCACUUGACGCGGGAAAAAAUAAUGAAAAGAUUUAUACAAACAACCAUAACAACAACAAUUACAAACAACAUAUGGCACGUACUGUUGAUGAAGUGGAGUAUAGCGUGCGCAGCAAUGGAAAUGUGACAACGACAAUGACGACCGGGCACUACGACGCCAUAAAUGAGCACACGCUGGACAAUGCAACCAACACAAUUGCGGCAGCAACAGCAAGAGCUGAUGAGUCUAUGCUAGCGAAUGCUGGCGGUGGCAAACGUAUAGCAAAUCUGCUAGCUGCGAAAGCUUCAUUAGAGCAACGACAGCAAGUCGAGCCGUCGGCAAUGCCCGGUGAUGUGGAAGAAAUCACAGCUGCGCCCGGAAAUGUCGCAUACCCCGACUUGCGUCUGCUGCUCGAAACGCUGUCAGCGAUUGAUGAACGUGUACUGGUCUUCCUUGUGGUGAUGACAAUUUGUGUGCUGGUCUAUGCAUCACUAUUGUGCAUACUCUCGAAGCCGGCAAUGAAUGAGAUCUUCCUGGUGCUGGUGUCUUAUGUAAUUGUGGGCACAUUUGUUGCCAUCGAAAUCGCCGUCGGCUAUGCGACGUUGCCAAGCAAGUCGUACAAUGGCAGUUCCUGUUGUGUUGUCUUCAUCUACAUGACAUACACAAUGUUGCCGCUGCGUCUGCGUGAGGCCCUCAUCGGCGGCAUCGUGUUGUCGUGCAUGCACAUCUACACCAGUCUGCGGUACACAGAAGCGACAAUUCAUUGGCAGGAGUUGUUCUGCAGCCUCUUGGCAUUAUUCCUCUCCAAUCUGACGGGCAUUUACACACACUGGCCGAAGGAGAAGGCGCAACGGAAGGCGUUCAUCGAGACGCGGCAGUGCAUUGAGGCGCGGUUGCGUACGCAGCGCGAGAAUCAGCAACAGGAACGUCUGCUGCUGUCGGUGUUGCCGCGUCACGUUGCCAUGGAAAUGAAGGACGACAUUGCAGGGCAGCCACGUGAUACGCAGUUUCACAAAAUCUAUAUACAACGACACGAGAAUGUCAGCAUCCUCUUUGCGGAUAUCUGCGGUUUCACCAGCCUUUCUGAUCAAUGCACCGCGGAGGAGUUGGUCCGAUUGCUUAACGAAUUAUUUGCCAGAUUUGAUCGAUUGGCCGCUGAGCAUCAUUGUCUGCGCAUUAAACUUUUGGGCGAUUGUUAUUAUUGUGUUUCUGGACUGCCGGAGCCGCGACCGGAUCACGCACACUGUGCCGUGGAAAUGGGCUUGGACAUGAUUGAUGCAAUAGCGCUUGUUCGCGAAGUGAUGGCUGUCAAUGUAAAUAUGCGUGUCGGCAUCCACACCGGACGUGUGCAUUGCGGUGUACUUGGUUUGGUCAAGUGGCAAUUUGAUGUGUGGUCGAAUGAUGUGACACUGGCCAACCACAUGGAAAGCGGCGGCAUACCGGGACGCGUGCACAUCACCAAGGAGACGCUCAAGUGCUUGGAUGGCGAUUACGAAGUGGAGGAGGGCAAAGGUGCGGAGCGCAACACAUAUCUGAAGGAUCAUCAAAUCGAAACUUAUCUCAUAGUGCCAGGUGAUAUUUAUCGACCGCACAAGAAAUCACGCAACCGACUGCAGGUGAACGGCAAUAUUUCGAAGGAGCUGCGAAUGAUGGGACAUGCUAGCGCACAGAAGAAUACCUCCAAAUUUGGCUUCGGCGACAGUUCGGAGGGUGCCAAGGAUCCGGAGGACGAGGUGAACGAGUAUCUGAUGCGUGCGAUUGAUGCGCGUAGCAUUGACCAUUUGCGUGCGGAGCAUUGUCAGUCGGUGUUGUUGUCCUUCAAGGACGAAGCGCUGGAAAAGAAGUAUGGUUCGGAACCGGAUCGCAUGCUGGGUGUAUAUUUCUACUGUAGCUUCAUUGUGCUGAUUGCCACGACACUCAUAAGACUUUCUGUAUUUAAACCGAAUUUACUCACAGUCAUCACCUCAUGUGCGACAAUUGUUGUUGUGCUGCUGAUUUCGCUGCUCGUCGCCGCGCAUGUGAUCAAUAUGAAACUACCGAUUGGCGUCAAGAGAUUCUCUUCACGUAUUCAUAGCGAUCGCUUGUUGGCGCAGUGUUUUGCUUUUUUAACCGUUACGCUGAUUGCCCUCACGACCAUAUUGACAAUGGCAUAUGAAAUCUUUUACAGUGUAAAUUUCGAAAUUUCGCCAAUUAGUAGCCAUACUAGUGAGCCCAUAUUCCCAGACAAUUCGACAGCGAGAGCAGCUGAGGCAAUUGCUUUCGAUAGUGAUUUCGUGUCGUUUGAGACUAGUCCCGGUGUGAACGAUUUUAGAUGUGAUUAUUUUUUGGCAAUAAAUACUUUCUUGCUACUGACGCUGCUUUCGAUGAUGACUUGUGCCACUUACCAGGUGUUGCGACUUGUAUUGAAGUUGUUAUUGUUACUGCUUGUUGCUGCCUUUUACACAGGUUUCUCGCUGUAUUUGUAUAUGCGCCGGGAUGUGCGCUUCAUGCUGGACAUGGAGGAGGCUCUGCUGCGCUACAUAAUUGAUUUCAUUUUCCUGUUUGCAUUCAUGUUGGCGCUGAUUUUUCACAGUCACCAGACCGAGGCCACUUAUCGUCUCGAUUUCAUUUGGAAAUUACAAGCCACAGAGGAGAAAGAGGACAUGGAACAUCUGCAGGCGUACAAUCGCAAGCUGCUGGAGAAUAUAUUGCCUGUGCAUGUGGCGGAACAUUUUCUGAGUCGGGACAAAAAUAUCGACGAUCUCUAUCACGAGCAGUGCGAUAGUGUGUGUAUAUUAUUUGCAUCUAUUCCGAAUUUUUCGGAGUUCUACGUAGAACUCGAAGGCAACAAUGAGGGCGUGGAGUGUUUGCGCUUGCUCAACGAGAUUAUCGCCGAUUUCGAUGAACUGCUCAGCGAGGAGCGUUUUCGAUAUAUUGAAAAGAUCAAGAGCACGGGCGCAACCUACAUGGCUGCCUCUGGUUUAACGGCAAACACCUGUGAUCAAGUGAAUUUCGCCCAUGUUACCGCUAUGGCGGAGUAUGCGCUGCAGUUAUUCGACAAAAUCGAAGAGGUCAACACGCACUCAUUCAAUAAUUUCCGACUGCGAAUUGGUAUCAAUAUCGGUCCAGUUGUUGCUGGUGUUAUUGGCGCGCGUAAACCACAAUACGAUAUUUGGGGCAAUGCAGUUAAUGUGGCAUCGCGCAUGGACUCCACUGGUCUACCGGAUCAUAUACAGGUGACACAAGAAAUGUAUCAAAUAUUGGUUGGACGUGGCUUUGAGCUCACUUGUCGUGGCAGCGUAAAUGUAAAGGGUAAAGGAUCCAUGAUUACAUAUUUUCUGAAAGGAAAGUCGACUCAAAUACCGGAAGUCACAACGGGCAAUUUCAAUACAGUGACGUCGCUGAGCGAGACCAAAGCUGAGAAUGCCGAAGACAACCAAAAACUCAUUGAAACGACAACUAGUAUACCAAUUACCUCGCCUGAAGAAGAAAAAACUGCAGCAAGUAACAUCGAGCUUGUUGAUAAGAAGUCGGAACUGCUGCCCACAACGCAAGAGCCCAACGAAACAGCUGAGCCACUCAGCAUUCUACAAACUGAGCACAACAAGACCAGCACCGACUCUGGCGACGAUCUCUCACCUGACUCGGAAUUGAACUCUUACAUGCAGAGUGCCACGGCACAGCGUCGCAAGUCACUCUGUCGUCAACACAACAUAUCAUCUUCCUUCGGCACUACAACCAGCUCGACGUCAGCACUCACGCCCACCAUGUCGAGCAGUUCCAGUGUGGUCACAAUAGCCGUAAUGCCCGCAAUCGCCAAGACUGCCUCCUCAUCCGUGGACAACUCUACGGAGGGCAAUUUGGGGGGCGGCUCCCUGAAUACCGCAAUGCCUGGGAGCUCGACAAAUGGACGCAGCAACAGCCAGCCACGUACCUACGUCGACGAACUGAAAGAAGAAUACAAAGAUGACAGCGACAAGGCGCCACUCAAGGACUCCAUUGAAAAUCUACAAAUUCUACUGAAAAACAAUAUAAGUCUGUCGGAUCUCAGCAAUAAGCAGCAACUGAAUCUCAGACCAAGCGAUCCCAAAAUGCAGCAGCUGAAAAAGGAGACCAUAGUCACUUUCCGCACCGAAACGCUUGCCUGCCGACAACGCAAUUCGAUUACAACGAUUGCCACGACAACGCGGUUGCGCAGUUUUGACGAAUGCAUCACUUCUGUCUUAACAACGCCCACAACAAAAGCAACCGACGCUCCCAACAAUACUCAGUGGACAAAUGGCAGCGCGCAUAAAUGCGCCGAAAACUCAUCGAACAACAAGCAAUCGAUGCAUAACGGCCCGCAACAGCGUCCACAAGACUUGUCGGGUCGUCAGCGCGUCGACGCACAUCGCAGUCCCAUCAGAAGUUCGCAGUCGAUGAGUCCCAUCGGUCUGACCGGCAGCGAAGUGUUCGUGCUGCCCAACAGCCGCAGCAUGAUCGUGUUCAGCAGCAGCGGGAGCAGCAGCAGCGACGGCGCUAGCUCCAGCAGCGAGAGCAGCAACACGGCCGCCGACAGUACGAUCGCCUAUAUGCUGCAGGACGUGAGCACCUAAAAACCCCUAACAGACCAAAUUGUAAGUUUACUGUAAAUUAACCAAAGUUAGCAUUUAAAAGUAAUUACUGUAAAAGUAUUUGUUGGAGCUUGUGUACAGAGAAAGAGUGGUUUAAAUACUGUUAAGUAGAGGAAGUAGAGUAUAGUAUGUAUAAAGCUAUUUAAGUAAGUAGUCUAAUUAUCGAUCGUGUAUAUAUAAUGAACAAACGAAUCAAAUUGCAAAGGGAAAAGUGCAGGUACAUUAGUUGAAUAGGAUGUCAAACAUACUUACUAUACACGCAUACUUAGUGUUAAGUCAUCGUUCUUCUGCAUUAGUGCAUAGUUUACUAGAGAUCUCUCUGAAUUACGCCAUGCUUUGUCACCGAUUUAUGUUUGUGUACAGUAGUCGUAACAUGUAUGUAUAUUAAAGCAAGCUGGAAGUUGGCCGACUGGUUGAUUGAAAAGGGAUGUGCACGAGAGACCAAAGGCGGCCAACAAUAGGCCGAUUGGGCUCCGGUUGGUAACUUAGACAAGCCUUAUCCAGCAAUUCAGUGGAUUUGGUAAAGCUGUAAGUUACUCUUUUUUAUUUUGCUUCACUUAGUAUGAGUUUUCAUUAUAUUCAUUUAUUGGUUAACUAAUCGCCUAAGAGAUCUCCCUUGGUUUUUAAGGAGAUACAAUUCGCUACUCAAAGAUAAUACUUCAUUCAGCGAGGGCAAGCUUUUUCCAUAGUUUCAUCAAACAUCUUUCUAGAUUGGCUUUCAAUGUAGGUUUAGCUUUCAGUGUUUAUAUUCGCGCCAAAAUCAACGAAGUUAGCAGCAGCCUUGAGGUACGGCUGUCAUAGUGGCAUAAGACUCAAGUCGUAUGCGCGUUGACUUUUUUUUUAAUAGCAGCAGAUAUUUCACCAGCACAUUCAUACUCCUUUCUUUAUUCGUCUUGAGUAAACAUUAUACAAAAUUUAAAUAUAAGUGUUUUUUAGUAACAAAAAAAUACCGAUUUUAUCCAAUUAUUUUCAAACAAUUGAUUGAUCUCUCAAAGUUAAUAUUCUACUAAUGAUCUAAAAAUAAAGUCUGGUUGUUUUGAGGAUUAGAAAUAUAGCAAUAAAAUCUAGAAUAAAGUAGAGAUUAUAAGAGCCACUAUUAUACUUGACUAAGGGAUCUCCCGUUGUGAACACAAGAAAGCUCUUAAUUUAUUCACUUCCUUUAAGAUUAAAGUCUUGAGAAUCCGAAAAGUUAUCAAAUUGGAUUUCAUUGAUUACUUACUCUUAACAUAUUAUUGAUUUCAAUUGUCGUCAGCUAAGCGGGAAUGCAUGGUCAAAUUACAACGUACUUGUUUAAACUGGGCCGAUUUAAAUAAAAAAAUAACACUGAAUUAUAAUUUUGCGAACUACUAUUUCUGAGCUAAAAAAAAGUCUAUAGUAUAUCUUAGUUUCUGAUAAACUUUUUUUCAAGAUAAUAGUUUGUAAGGGCCACGUAUCGCACACUCUCUUCUAUGUAUGGCAAUAUUUAUCUCUUCAGUCUCGCGAUCUCAGCAUAAUAAAGUUUUUAAUUUGCUCACUUUCAUCAAAGUGAAAAUUUUGGGAAUUCUAAAACUUGUCAAAUUGGAUUUCAUGAUUUCAUUGAUAACUUUUAAAAAUAUCACGCGUUUUUUUUUACGAAGUUUUUUUCAGGUUGAGUAAUAGAGGGUAUUUGAGGUUCCUAAGAGUUAAAGGUACAGCACAUCGAAAUAUAUAUGUAUAGAGCUAACGGUGCUUCUUUGAAAUCAAAUUUUGUGCUGAAUGACAGCGUAUGUGUUUGUAAAUAUAUAACAGUAUAUUACACAAAAACUUUUAAUUUUGUUAUAGAAUAAUAUUAUAGCACAUAUUGAAAACUAUAUUUUCGGUUUUCAUUGAAAAUUAAAAACAAAUUAACUGUAAAUAUUAUAUACUCAUGUAUAUAAAAUGAAUAAUAAGUAAAAUGGUUUCAAACCCACUAUGAAUUUGUAAAACCCUAAAAAUUAAACUUUAAGCAGUAAAUAAAAUUGCUUGGCUCAAAACGGUAAAAAAUAUCGACGAUUUUAAGGGAAAUAAGAAAUAUCAACUUCUCUGAUCAAAAAUACUUCAAAUUAUAUUGAUGAACAACAAAGUGAACACCCUCAAUUUUAAAAGCUAAAUUUUUUGUUUUUGAUUUGGAUACAGUUAAUUUCAUUAUAAUAUGCAGGAAGCCCAUAGAUCAGCUUUUUAAUGCUGGGGCGCCAAUGAAAAGGCUUAAAAUUAUACACACAUAUAAUAAAAUAUUGGCUACGAAUAUAUGUAUGUAUAUACAUGUGUAAAUUUGUUAAUUGAAGUUAAUCAGCGUUUUUGUGAUUUUUAAGUAAUUAUUUAUUGUUGUUGUUGUUAUUAGAAUGAUUGCAAAUCAUUGCUCCCAAAGUAUUAAUAAUCGUUCAGAUGCAAAUUGUACUAAAAGUGAAUUAAAAAUGUAUUAAAAAGCUAUUUAAUUGAAAUAAAUCUAUAUUAGUUAAGUACUUAAGCAGUUAUAAAAUAUUACUCUGCGCUUGUAUGUGUGCUAAAUAAGUAUAAGCAUUAAAUAUUUAAAACAAACUAUAAACUUGUUAAGGCAGCUAAGCUCUUUUUAGGCAAAUUUAAGUGAAUAAUAAAUAAUAUGAAAAAAAUGCAACUCUGUCAAUUUGUGGCUGUAUACGAAACACGUACCGUUCAUCACCUGAAACAAACAUAAAUACAUACAAACAACAAGUCAUACAUAUAUAUGAAUUAAUCAACACAUACUUACAUACGAUUAUAUCUAAGUAUAACACAUACAUAAAUGCAGUUUUGUGUGUGCAAAUAAAUUUAGCAAAAUUGAAUGUGUACAAAAUAAAUUACAAAUGAUUGUAUAUACAUACAUACAAACAUAAAAGCACACAUGCUAUGCAAAUUAUUCAAAUUUUAUAUACUCGAUUAUUGCAUUUAUUUACAACCACAUGCAUUCACACCUCAUUUAUUAUUAUGUGAAAAUAGAAAUUCUUUUAUGCAACUAAUCUUCAAUGAGUGAGUAUACUGUGCGUCAAAUGGAAGGUUACAUAAAGCAAUUACUUGUUGUUUUGUUAAGUAUAUAUCUGUGAGGAUCGAUUGUGGGUUGUGAAAUCUUUAACAGUGAACCAAAUUCAGAAUGCUCUUUCCAAAUGAAGCUUUCUAACUAUAAAGUGUUUUAAUUUGGAGACUACAGAGGUACUUUAGUACAGUCGUGGUCAUCACUUUCGAACAAAAUGAUCUUCAGCUUUGCAUUGAGAUGAUUAUUUUAGUCAUACGGACCAUGAGGGCACCUUUGCACACGCUUAACAUAAAAGUUAAGGAGUUGAAGUUCUUCCAUCAACACGUCGCACAAUUCCGGAAAUAAAGUGAAAGCCACUCAGCUAGUUAGUUAAGGGGUUAUACUCACUUGCAAGUCAGAAAAAAAUGAUUUUUUUUGCUUGCUUUUUUGAAGAGGUAUUUUAUUUAAUAAAUAAACAAAAAAUAAGGUAAUAAAAUAUUACGUAAUUUAAUAACCUUUAACAAUCUCUAGGAGAAUCCCGAAAAAAGGUUUCUGGCGUUGUGGAAAAUGCUUUUAUUUAAAAAAAAAAAACUAUCACAAUGCAGUUAAUGAUUGAAAACUUAUUAAAAAUUAAAUUUUUGUCAAAAUGACGGCUUCUAAUAAAAGAAAUUUUGAUCAAAAAGUAAGGUGCAUUUUUAUAAAAUGUGAUUUUUUUAUUUAUUCUUCCAAAUGGCUUUCACCCUGCUUGCUUUUGACAACGUUUUCCAGUCCUCAAAACAGUUUUCUUAGUUUUUUCGGGUAUAGCUUUCAAUACCUUCUUCUAUUCUAUUCCAUAUCCUGUCAAAAUGACGUUCCCGCAAUAGGCUCUGAGUUUGCUGAAUAGCCAGAAAUCACACGGAGGCAAAUCAAGUGAAUACGUUGGUUGUGGAACAAUAUGAGUCGAGUUUGGCAAAAUAGCCGCGAAGAGCAAAUGCAGUAUGCAGGUGCAUUAUCGUGAUGGAGAAACCAAGGGUUCUUCGCCCAUAAUUCCGGUCGUUUCAAACAAAUAGCUUGACGAAAACGACGCACAACCCUCAAGUAAUAUUCUUUGGUGAUAAUUUGACCCGGCAGAAGGAAUUCAUAGUACAUCAUACCACGAUAAUCACCUCACCUUACUUUUUGUUGACAGUAGUAUCUCUGAAACUAUUUGCUGGGUCAAAUUCAAAGUUUUCGAAAAUAAAUAUAUGUACAUUUGAUAUAUAUUUGAAACAAAAAAAUCGACAAUUUGAAAUUUACAAGUGGAUAUAGUCCCUUAAAUCUAGAACAGUGAAGUGAAAUGCUUCCUUUACUUUAAAAAGGAAUAAAUGUUCCAUUUUAUUUCAAAAAAAAGUUGUUCCUUCAUUUCUAAAAAUAAAUAUUAGUUUGAAAAGGAGCCAUGUAUUAUAUAUUGCAUUAUUUUUUAUUACCAACAUUUUACUUAUAACUAUUUUGUGUAUAUCAGGAUCUUGUGAUCAAAGAAUUUUGGUAGUUCUAUGUCGGACUAUUGAUCUGUACAACAGACUCACUCUUUACCAUUAAAAAAAUUAUUUUAUCUACUCUUAACAAGUAACAUUUUAAAAUAAUAAACUAACUUUAACCUCAUUCUUAGUUUUGGCUGUUGAAAUUUUUUUUCUGUAGCUGAGCAACUUAAGAUCGUAAUACUUAUCGACUCUCUUGCCUUUUAUGACUCGGCUAAUUGCGCUCGUUUGCGGAUUGCACCUCUCGCGUCGAUUGGGCGGGAGGAGGGUAAUUGGGUUCGGGUAUUAUUAUUAUGACAAUUUUUAUUAUAUAUAUUUAUAUAUAACUUUUAAAAGCCUUAUGAAAUUCAUCAGACGUAUAUUCUUUUACUUUAGUUGGCGCUAAAAUUCUCGUAGAGUUAUUUGCUGUCGCACAGUGUACUCAUCAUAUAUUUAUACAUUUAUCGCUUCGCUUUGGUUGAAAAAUACUAUUUUAUUUACGAGACCAUGAGUUGAUUGAUCAAAUUAAUUGCGAAUUAUGCAAAUUCAAGUUUUAACCGAAAAACCAAAAGUUAUUUAUUUAAAUAAUUUAUGCAAAUAAAUUUAUGUAAUUGUAAUUACUGGUAAUCAGUGUUGUAAAAUACACCAACAAAAAAAAACAAAUCGCUAUCGAAGCAUAAAUGUACAAAAAAGCACCUAAAAUAGAAAAAAAUAUUUCCAAAAUACCCAAUGUCUUACUGUGAUUGUAUCUAUGUACCAGUAGUAUAUAACAUAUAUAUAUAUAUAUAUAUAUAUAUAUAAAAUAAAUGCAUAUACAUAUAUGCAUUUGAAUAUAUGAAGUUACCAGUAUGCGAGUAUAAUAUAAAUUGCUUCAAUGUAAAGUAAAAUUAAGUAAAUUCUCUUUCGAUUUUCUAUUAACUCGCUAAAAGAAGCCUUUGAAAUUGUUUAAAUAAAUUGGAAUUUUUUGGUAUCGAAUAGUUUAUCAAUGCUUAUAAACUUUUGUUACAACGCUUUUUUUAUGUUAGAUCGAAGCUGUUAUAUCCUAGGUUUAAUGCGCUAACUCAUGUAAAAAACGGUAAUGUACAGAGACAUCCUCUGUUUGAUUGUACUGCUUACGCUUCGAACUAAUUCAGAAACAGUUACGAAAUCUGUAGUGCCGAACUAUAGCAAUGGCUGACCGCCUCUCUCACGACUAGAACUCGACAUACUCAUAUGUUUAUACACAUCAUAAUUAUGCUCCUUAUCGGCAGGAUUUUACAAGGAAAGUUUUCAAUUUGUCUGUCACAUUAGACACAAAAGGUCUUGGCCCUAAUAGUGCACUGUUUACAACGAGGCGAUUCUUCGAUUGAGAACAUUCCUUAUGCAUUCCUAUGUAAAUCUUCAAACUAGUUCACAAAAUUUUCUGUAAAGCUUUCUUCUGGAAGAUACUUUGGCAGUUGUAACAGAUUUCCUCAAGCAAUUUGUAGAUUCGAUCACUACUAAUUAUGAUAGCUAAAGCGAUAUUUUUCACAGGCUCAGGUUCACUUUAGUUGAUGCUCAACCUCCUAACAGAAAUUCAACUUUUUUGGUGGCGAUCAAAAAUCUCCAUCAACAGAGUUAUGUGCUCGCAGACAGCCGAGUGCCUGCUGACUUAGAUAUUGCUGCUGCUAAAGUGUCCAUGAGUUAUGCCCAGCUGCUAAUGGAAUUUAAUUAGUGUUUUAUAAACUAAUUGAAAUGAAUAACGGACACAGUGGCAUUGCGGCCAAACGAUGUCUGGACUGAUGGACAAACAUAUGUAUAUGCAUAUGUGCGUGUGCAUGUAUGUAAACAAGUACUUACUCGUAUGUGCUGGAAAUAAAUGUUUAGUCAGUGAGGUUUUCAACUGAACUCGAGCGUUUCACGCUUUUUCCAUUAAACAUAUUAUACAUAUGUAUGUUUGCAUUUACAUAUAUCUCUACCAUAUGAAUAAAAAAUAUUUCUAGCGAAUUUUUGGGAAAAUCCCCCACGAAUGACUGUCAGAUUUUUAGCAUAGCUUAAAUGCUUAGCAAUUAAUAAUCUAAAUACCAAAACAAUUUGUUGAGGACUCUCAAAGCAAUUAAUUUCCCAUUUGUGCUUUUAACAAAUAAUUAAUUACGUUUUUAUUAACACAAAAUAUUUUUCGACAUUUUUUUUUUUUUGGGAUUUCAAUAACUUUUUAUUAAUAUGACAGAAAGUUUGCAAAAACGAAUAUUUAAGAUAAAUUCACAGAAUAAUGUGAAUAGUAUGUGUAUGUAAGUAUAGCUGUAUGUAUAUAAUACUGUUAUAUUGGUGUAUAUGUUUAUGUAGUUUAAGUGCAGAAUACAAGGAAAAUAUUGAAACUCAUAUGAAAAGUUAUCUAUAUUUGUAUCAUACAAUUUAAAUAAAUGUCUGUGCAAUAAUGUUUAUUAAAUGUUAAGUACUAUUGUAUAUGAGAGAAUUUUAAAUUUUAAGACUAAAUGUGCUGUUAAUUAAAAAUGGAAAAUAUUUACAAAUGAAUAAAGAAACUGAAAUUUAAAAAAA